UGCAUGCGAGCUAAUUUAAUCAAUCUGGAUUUUAAGCUUUCGUGACUGCAGGAACCCAUACGCUGGUUCUUUUGGUAAAGUCACGUCGAUAGAAAAAAAAGAACACGAAGUUUCGGUCGCAACACAAGCGUCCGUCAUCAGGUGAGAAAGUGAUCUGCUUUUGUAGCUUUAUAGAGGCACGGGAGGGGUUUUUUUUCAGAGUGGUGGCUGCAGGAGUUCACGAGGAGAGGGGGUAUGGAAUUGAUGUUGCAAAAUUGGUACAGUGCCAGCAGGACAUGUGGCCAGAUGACGAACGUGUGAUCUACGUAUCUCUUCCACAAGGAAGGACGUCUGGUGGAUGUCUGGAUGGUAUCUCAAAUUUCUCCAUGAAAACAUUCGCUACCACUGGUGAUAGGGGAGAGCCCAUUGGGGUACCUUAAUUCUGUUUGUCGAAAGUAUUACAGGUGAAGUGGAAAAUGAUGGCAAGCUACCAUUCCUGGUUGAGACCUGAUGGCUCGUUGGGACACUGUCUAUAGGAGAGCCACCCACACGGAUUCCUAUCUAAUGCCUGACUCCCACCACCAUCCAGCCCAGAAGAAUUCCCUCAGCAAAACACCACCAUAGGGCUCGUUGCAUCUCCGACCAGCACCACCUAGCCGUUGAGCCUGAGCACGUAUGCCAGGCUCUCAGGAGGACAGGAUAUUCUGACCGCACAAUCCGCAAAGCUGCAUCCCCCAACCAUGGGUAGAGAACCAUCUGAGGACCCAAUCAAAAUCAUCACCUUGCCAUACAUAAAAGGGGUCACCAAAAGGAUUUCCAAAAUCUCGAACAAACACAAGAUCCAAGUUCGGUUCAAUACAAUACACAAAAUCCGUGAUUUGAUUUUAUCGGUGAAGGAUGUGAUUCCGGACAUGCAAUGUCCUGGUGUGUAUAAGCUGAGUUGUGUCUGCGGCAACAAUUACAUUGGUGAAACGAAGCGACAUGUCUUAGACCGGGUUUGCGAACACAAAGCGGAUUUUAAACACAGUAGAACCAACACCUCAGUGGUGGCGGAUCGUUGUUUCAAUGCUGUGGGCACAUGGCAUUGUUUUUUCCGAGACCAAGGUGCUCUGCAGACCCUCGGGCUACCAUCAGAGAUUUGUUCAUGAAGCCAUCCAGAUAUACAAACAGACAAAACUUUAAUCGAGAAGAUGGAUUCAGAUUGAGCAAUCAUUGGAAGGACGUGAUAAACCACAAGUUUUUAACUGCUGUGAUUCUCACUUACACCCGUGCUGUUUUCGUUUAUUAAUUCAAGCUCAUUGACAUGCUAAUUUCUCCAGCCCCCACUCAGCCCUGCACGCCACAAACCCUCUCCCCGUGAACUCCUGCAGCCACGACUCUACACACCCCCCCCCGUGCCUAUAUAAAGCCACAACAGCAGAUCAUUCUUUCUCACUUGAUGACGGACGCUUGUGUUGCGACCGAAACGUGUUUUUUUACGAAUUUAAUCACUCCAUAAUAGUGGAUUCCAUUUGGAUGCUUUCUCUCUUGGCUGCCAUCCACCCACCAGCAAUCGCUGAUGUGUUCUGCCCAAGCCCACGACACAAUUGACUUUAUCUUGUAUACUCUUAAGUAGUCGGGUGUCCAAACAUACACCAUUUUCUGAUCCUCACAGCAGGUACUUCGCAUUCAUUGCAAACUUAGGCAAAUGAGUAUAUUGCAUUUCAGCAAUUUAAGCUUUAAAAAACGCGCACCAACCUGCUCUGCUGCAAAUUCAUCAAUUUGAUAAAGUUACUGCACAGAGUAUAUAUGGUGUCCAUAAUAGAGGUUUUUGGGUUAGAUCGUGUAAAUAAAUGAUGUUAAGCCUGCCACUACCCGACAGCCAACUUGUAAGGGUUGUCACGUAAACAACAUGCUAGUACAUCACACCGAUGUGUUGGAAAGCCAAGUCACAACAUUUACAAUCGGAUUAUUGUUGUGGCUUGGCUGUAAAUAUAGCUUGGCUCUCCAACACACCGGUGUGCUGUGCCAAUGAUGAAUUGACAUGUUCUAUUUAUAUGACAACCCUUACGAGUUGGCUGUGUCGGGUGGUGGUGGGUUUAACGACAUUUACGCGAUCUAACCCAAAAAACCUCAUGGAUGAUAUUGGUCGCGAAAACCUGCGUGUUAAACUCUACAUUUUGUGUUUUGCAUUUCUCAGCGUGCAUUAAGUCCAUAAUGUAUGCAUAAAGAGUGCCGUGUGCAUUGAAAUGUGAGACUUUUGUAAAAAUCCAUAAACUUGACAGGAAAUGUAAUCUCAAUUGGCUAAUCUGUUCAUAAGGUACGGGAUCAAGAACAACGCGGUGGACUCUUAUCGGGAUAAAAUCACACGUGAAUAUAAAGGAGUAGUGGUCCACUGGUUAAUGGACUCGUAAACCUUACAACCUGAGUUUUAUUCCCAGCCAUGGCUCAACGGUGGCGAGUGAUAACCGGUCCUGGGCUUCAUGCAUAAUGUGGUGAAUUAUGCCAUAUAACCCCCAUGACUAGAAUGGUGUGAGGAGGCCUCCGGUUUACUGACAAGGACUGAACGUUAAACAAGUUAACAGGUUCUUUUUAAAACGGCAGAAAACAAUCAACUUCCAGGUGAGCCCUCUAAUCAGUGUGGAUUUCAGCUGGUUAACUUAAGGGUGGUUUUCAUGCCUACUGGAGCACUGACGAAUCAGCAAUAUGGCCAUUGACAGUAUGGGACAAGUGGUCUAAAUUACACCCACGAAUUAGGCAAUAAACAACGCACAUCACAACAUUGCUAGGACAAGAAUGAAUGUUGGACGAAACGGGUGAUUCCUGGGAGUGCUUCCACCGUGGAAGCGGUGAGAUCAACUCGUCAAAGAGGCGCGCUGUGGUGAGAUGUUAACUACCUCGUCUGGUGCACAGGACGUCGUGGGUUCGAUCCCGACCCUGACGCCUGCUGCAUAUUUGGAGUGUGCGUGUUCUCUCCGUAGUUGCGUGGAUUUUUCGCCGUGUCCUCCGAUUUUCCCCACCACAUUUAGAAACGCACGUGUUAGAAUAUGGUGGCUGCUGGUAUAAAUUUCCACGCCAUAAGCCACUUCGUUGAGCCAUCAUUGGUAGCCAGGUCGCUUCUGAAAAAGAGCUAUGUAGCUCGUCGGGCCUCAGCUGGUAAAAUUAAAAUUAUUUAAAUUGUUUUAUAGAUGAGAUUGUGGCACUGCAGCAGCGAGAGUGGAUGGACUCGCUCAUGAUAACAAUGAAGAUGAUCGUGACGCUCACGUGCCAUGGUGCUCGAUGCCUCGCGCAGCGGAUAAAAACAACGGCUACUUGCGACUGAUGAUCAUAACUUAUCAAAGUCCUCGAUGUUGCUACCGUUUGCUGAUGAGGAUCAUACUGCUGCUGUUGAAUGCCGGAGUUUGCUGCUCAUGUUGGAGAAGCUGAUGAUCCUCCUCCUGCUGCUGCUGCCAUUGAUGAUAACGAUGGCAUCGAUGAUAACGAUGGUAUCGAUGAUAACGAUGGUAAUGAUGAUAACGAUGGUAAUGAUGCUGCUGUUGAUGAUGUUGCCACCGCUGCCACUGCUGAUGGUCGCAUGCCGAGUGGCGGCCGUCAGCGCCGCGCUCCUUCCACGCGAGGCCAGGGCAGCCCCCCACCCACACGCCGCCUGCCCCCCCCCCCACGCCGCCUGCCCCCCUCCCCCCCACGCCAGCAGCGGCACAGACGGGCUGUAACAAUCGGCACACUCCCCCCCGCGCGGGUCAAUUUUGCGCCCGCCCCGCUGAUUUCGCGCGGCCGCCGUCAGAGUCUCACCGCCGCCAGGGGGCGGUGGCCGCGCUCGCCAGGCCUGGGCCCUUCCCAGAGCCUCCUUCCAGUCGCACAUUCACGUGGGAGGCGGCAGCAGCGGCGGCGGCUUUAAAGGAGGCGUGGGGUGGGAGGGCGACUAACGUCCCUGUAGGUGUGCCACAGGAGCGAGGGAGGUGGUGGAGUGAGGAGGUUGGUGUAGAGGAGGGUUUACGGUGACGACCUGCAAGAUGGCAGCUGGGGUGGCUGUAGGCGGCCCCACGAGUUUUUCAGCGUGGCUGGGCACGCAGGGCGCGAGCGCGAGCAUGGCGCUCGCGCUCGAGCAGGAGCUGGGCAUCGGCAGCGAGGAUACGCUGCUGGCCUGCGCCGAGGACCCGCACAUCCGGGCGGAGUUGCUCUCCCUCGCGCGGCGCCGGCUGCCCUUCGGCUCGUACGCUGUGCUGGCGCGCCUGCUGCGAGGGGUUUGGCGGCUGCGGAUUGCGGCGGAAACUUUCGGGGGCACGGAGGCGGCGGCGGCAGCGGCGGCGGCGGUGCUGCCGCCGACGGACUCGUGCCAGCUCCGCUGCGGGGAGCACAGCCUGCUCACCAGCCUCCUGCACGCCAUCGUGAUGACGCUCAGCAGUUUGAGCCAGGAGCUGCAGGAGUCGGCGGAGAGGUUCAGCUGCCUGGAUGGGCUGGUGCAGGCGGGCGCCAGCCCACGGAGCACAGGCUCGCCGGUGCCAGCAGAGGCAGUGGACAGCCCUGUUCCAGUGGAGUCUUCGUCCCCUGUGGAUGCUUUCGGGGCGCUCGCAGACGAGGAGCAAAACCCGUCUCGAGCGUGGGAUGUAAACAUCAAAAUGGAGCCGGUCGGUGAAAGUACACCUGACAGCUCUGAUGGGUUUUCUGGCCCCAACUUGGAUGUGUCUUUCGUGAAGGUGGAAGUGGAGACCGAUUGCCUGGAGAACGGUGAUGUGCCAGAGUGCAGUAGAAAAGAGGCAUUAGAAGAUCUGGCAUGCACGUGUCAUCAGGACGUUUCUGCCCAAUGCUGCAGCAAGGAAUAUUGCAAUGACGUCAAUACGUUAAAGCAAUGGAAAGCAGCCAGACCCAAAUACAAGUGGAAUAACGACCAGGGCAGGUCACCGGACUGGGCUGUUGAUAAAACGUCACUCGUGAGGAAUAGCAACAAUCCACGCUGUGACAAGGGCAGCGGUAAGAAAGAUUUGGGAGAAGUCUGGAAUCCCAACCUGACUCUUGAUCAGAGCGUGGUUCUCAUUGAAGAUGACAAUCCGUUUACGGCUGAGAACAGUGUUGGAUAUCAACACCGAGUGCAUGCGACUCCAGGUGCUCAAACGCCGACGAUGCACCUGGAUAACGAUGGCUCGCCUGUGCAGAUAUUCACACAGCCGGUGAGGACUUCUGCCACGGAAGACGAAGUUCAUGGCACUGAUAAUCAAGAAGACGCUGUUUCAUCAAUGGAGCCGCCACCGUCUCUGGGAGCGGCACAGGCAGAGGAUGUUCCGUAUGAUGGCUGCGUGGAGCGUGGCCAGGAGUUUUCGCUGCCGGCUCAGUACGUGCGGCACGUUCCUUGUCACCGACGCGGCGGGGACGGCGGCGUGAACGACGGCGCCGCGGGAGGCGGCCGUCCCUUCACGUGCCCGCUCUGCGGGGCUUGCUUCUCGCACCUAUCGGCGCUCAACCGCCACAAGCGCACGCACACGGGCGAGCGGCCCUUCUCGUGCGAGGAGUGCGGCAAGCGCUUCACGCAGUCGUCGCACCUGAACCGCCACAUGCGCACGCACACGGGGGAGAAGCCCUUCAAGUGCCUCCACUGUGGCAAGGGCUUCCUGCAGUCGUCCGACCUCGCUCGUCAUCAGCGCACGCACGCACGCCGCCCCCACAGCCACCAACGCCAAUGAGAUGAUUCAUCAGCAUGGUCAACGAAGGACCGUUGUGCCAAACGCGUGACCUUUUGCGACAGCAUUCGCAUAAACUGAUCUUGCUGCCAUAUACCAGUGUCUCAAGUAAUUUGUUUGAUCCAUGUAUCGCGAUGGCGGUGCCAUUCCUUUGAGGGUCGCAGUCCACCUCAAACGUUAACCGCCAACUGAAGUGCACAAUUUGCUGGAGAUUGUGCAUCCAGACGGGCGACGUAUCUAAACAGUGACAGCCAUCUCCCUCCAACGAAGCUCCCAAUUGCGAGGAGACCGGUCGCAGAUGCUAAUGGUGACAUUUACAACGAAGUUGAACCAUCGGAUGCCAAAAAGACAUCUUUGGCAUCGCAUGUGGACGAACUGCAGCCGAUCCAAAUGAGCUUGAACCAAUUUCCAGGCCUUCGCACGAUACAGAAAUUCUGACAACGCAGCUCUGGCAGACUCAAUUUGGUGCCCGAAUGUGUCUCAGACCGUUCAUUAUUCCAGAGGCCAGGCCGAUCCGGCGCAUAACUUCAGGUCUACGUCGUCCAUCAGUGGUCUGUUCAGAUCCCAGGUAGAGAAAUUCCUCCACUGCUUCGACAGCAUUACCAUUAAUUAUGCAGUUUGCUUCUGGAGGUCCAGAGCCUAAGUUCUGGAAUUGAGAUCUCCACCCUAUAUUGGGGUGCCUACAAAAUAUCUCCACGAUUGCCAAACGUCUUCAUUUCAAUAGCAUUGACAUCCCUUUGACUUCACCUAUUUUUUUGUUUGAGUUCACAUUUGUAGGUUACAAAGAGGUUGUGAGAAACUUAUGCUUGGCAUUGGGAGAGGACACUUCUUUUUUUAAUAUCAUUACUCUGCUUGUUUACCCAGGAAAGCCUAACUUAGUCUCAACUCUUUUUCUGGAGGGUCCUGGCAGGACGUUUGCAGUAGGGGGCGAUGAUUAUCUUUGUUUCCCAGUAACACGAUUUGCAGGUUUUUUUUUAUUUAGCAAAUCUGGAUCAUGACACGAGCAUACAAUGGUCUACUGUUCAUCUAAUAAUGUCAUGGGAUCAUUAACGUCCACUCUGAAACAGACGGCGUGUAUUUUAUUCUUAAUACACAUGAAGUAUUAACCAGGGCAGCCUGCCAGAUUCAAACCGCAAACCUCUGCAAGAAGCGGCAAAUCCACAACCGCCUGGUCAUGUGACCGGCCAAACUGAACACGCAACUAUCGUUUUGCACUCGUCAAAAACAUUUUUUUAAUGAUUGCUUUGUAACAGCUCUUACGUGUGUCAGCGUUAAUAUUUGUACCAGAAACGAACAGGAAUAAAAUGUUUUUUUUUU